UAACUGGCAGGUUGUUUGGUUGUCUCCAGGCUAGGAUACAGACUCCAGGAUUUGGGAAUCACGGCGCUCUGGUGGAAGAGACCAGACACAAAAGCAGGACGAAUGAAAAAAGAAGGGGAAACCCGCAUAGGCAGGAUACCCGGUGCUAAAGAUGUCCAUCAUCCUCUCGGGUCUUAUCCACCUCUUCCGCCCCCUGCUGUCCUCUCUCUCUGGAGCACUCGACUGCGAGGGUCUGGGCCCAUGGUACUUCCUGCUGGGCCUCCGCAUCGUGGCCAUCUUCUUCUCCAAUGGGCCCUGGGACAAGGCCAAGGAGGACCUGACCUGCAACUGGGUCCAGCCCGUGCCAGAGAAGUCCGUGGCGUUCUGCACGGCCCUGUGCCACAACCAACACUUUGCGACGUCCGUUUCGGCCACAUGGGGGCUGGUGUUCCUCUUGAACCUCCUUUACGUGGGGCUAAUGAGGCUCAGCAGCCCCGAGGAAAAAAAAGAAAACGAAAAAGAGGACGACAAGGACAAGGACAAGGGGAGGGGCUUAUCUGUCGUCGCCACUGCGUCCCACAGUGGCGCUCCUGACAUAUCUACGGUCUAUACGGUUGGGCGCCAUGGUCUCCCUGCAAAUAAUGGCUAUGAUGAGGGUGAUGAUGAUGAUGGUUAUGGUGAUGGUUAUGAUGAUGAAUACCACGACUUUCCCAACCAUCCCUAUCAUCACCACCAUCCCUACCGGGCACGUUGGCAUAGGCCUGAUAUGGGUCCCAUGGGUGAGGGAUAUGGAUCCAUCGUACCCUUUGGUCCAUACAGAACUGGUGGAUACGGCAUGCCCGGUGGUGGAGUGUACGGCAUGCCUGGUGAAGGAGGAUACAGCGCGCCUUCCGAUGGAGGGUAUAGCGUACCUUCCGAUGGAGGAUACAGCAUGCCUUCCGAAGGAGGGUACAGCAUCCUUGCCGAAGUAGGACACGUUGUACCUGGUGAAGGAGGUCAUGUCAUGCCUGAUGAUGAAGGACGUAGUGUGCCUGCCAAUGAAGGGCCCGGUGUCUCUGCAAGUGGGGGAUAUAACGUCCCUGCUGAUGGAGGAUACGGUAUGCCCAUUCACCCUGGGCACAAUGGCAAAACCAAAAUGCCUGCCCACAGCUAUAACACAGCUCAGAGCAACAUGGGUGUAGGCCCCGUGGACUGCAGGCAAACCAAGAUGGCCGCUCAUCAGCACAACGCACCUCCCCUUCAGGGCCGCAUCAAGCAAACAAGAGCUGCAUUCCAUUGCGAUGAAACAGGGCAGUACAAAGUGCCCACCAAGUGUGUUCCUGUUUCCUCACCCUACAGAAGGAAAUACAAGAUGGCAACCAAAUGCAGGCCUGUAAUCGAGAGCAACCUGGAUAGCAAAGAAAACGUGGCCCUCAAACGCAGGCAGGUUCACAGGAAUAACAUGCCCAACAAAAGCCAGGUGGGCUUUAGAAACCCGGCACCUGUCCAACAACAGCUAGCUCAAGAUACCAAGAUGGCUGCUCAGAGCAGGCCCAGUGGUGGACAGAGAAUGGCACCUGGACCAGGCGUAUCUACCGGACCACCAUUCUGCUGCCACAACGAUGCGGGCUGCCCAUGUCCCGAAAACAACUCAUGUUGUUCAGCUACCCAGGGUGAGCCCCUGCGCCAACCGUCUUCCGGUAACUCUGGUCCUGGGUCACAGGAGAAAGCCAAGAGGGCCAUCACUAACCUUUGCGGCAUACCCUUCUUUGACAUAUGGGUUGGGUUCCUCCUAGCCACCGAGAUCGCUUUCCUCUGUGUUAUAAUUGUCCUCCAGAUGCCUAGUCUCCUGACUCGGUUGUGGGUCUGUAACCCAAGAGCUGCUACCUGCCCACCAUCCGUCGAAUGUGUUGUGAGAGGGAGAGCAGAAAAACGGGUUGCCCUUUGGGGCCUGGUUCUCACUUGCUGUCUUUUCAUAGUGGCUUGCAGCGGCUACUUUUACCUCAGAACAUGCUGGAACAAAGGGUGCCGUAAAUGUUGUGAUGAGGAAGUCCGGGAGAACCGAGGAGAAGCAAAUACUGAGCCAGGAGGACGGGUGCCGAGGGGGGAUGUAGAAGGUGGCGGUAGGCAGACUGGGGGAGGACAGUGAGAUGGAUGAGGGCAGAAAAAAGGAACAGAAGACGCUUAGUUCUCACUGAGGGGCAAACUUGCGUGUGGGCCGUACCUCUUCAGAUUUAGUGGGGUGGCCACAGUCUGAAGUGGUACAGUCAAGACGCACCUUUACCACCUCACUGACAACUAGCAGAUCCAAGACAGCGGGGUGAGGGGGCACCUGAGAUGAAGAAAGGGGAUCCAGGAAACUGGAAGCCAGUGAGUUGUGGGGUUCUCUUCAGCAGCAGUUGGAAGGCAAUGUUUAUUUAUUUAUUUAUUAAAACAUUUACAUCCUGCCACUCCUCAUGGUUUAAGGUGGCUUACAACAAUAGUUACAGAUGUAUUCAGGUUAAAGACACACUGAGCCUCUUUAUCUUUGCAAAACUAAUAUGAGUCCUUUAUUGUAAGCAACUCCAUUCUAGACAUGAUAGAGUAGGGAUAGGUUUCUAAUCUAGUCUAACUAGCUAGGAUGGAUAGAGAUGCAGGAAGCACGUCCUGCCCUCAUGCUGCCAAGAUGGAGAAGAUUAGCAUAGUGGGGAGAGAAGGUUUCAAGACCGGAAGAAAGGAAGUCUCCUUAAGAGUAAUCUACACAUCAAAGGGGUAGCAUCAGAGAGUAGUAGAAGGGAAGGAUGAUUAGUGUCGUAGCCUAUCUAUCUCUCUGACUCUGUUAUAGUCCCCCUCUGAAGUGUGAGGCUAAGCGACAGCACAGAGUCCUUCACUUCCAACAGUGGAAUAGCCAACAGAUGGCAGCCAUAGUUAAUGGCACAGGGACAUAUGGAAGGGGAUGGUCCUUCAAAUAUGAGAUACAUGGUGAAAACUGAUCCCCCCAGCUCUAUGUCAUAUUACUCUUGAAUUCUGUCUCGGUCUGUCACAAGGACUUUCAGUCAGACAUGCCUUGCAAGCUCUGUGCUGGGAAUUCAGACAUGGGGGUCCAAUUCCAAUUGUGACCACGGGUGCCCGGGAUGCCGUUUCCCUUACCUGAAACUUCCCCAGGGAGCGUGUAUUUGGGAAACCUGCGUGCUACUAUCAGUAUCUGUAAGCUGAACCCAGAGGCAAGGCGACUGUUCUGUAUUUCUUUGGAGGAUUCACUCAGGGGCUGUGCGUGCUGGCCAAGCAAACUUCAGUCUACGCCCAGGAAGCCCAGACUCUGCACUCAAUAAAUCAUGUUACGCAAAUGCAGAUCUAUUUCCUGAUUUGCAUAGUGCAUUUGAAUACCUUGAAUAUAGGCCUUCAGACAGAUGGAGGAGUUUUGGAGAGGACUGAGGUGGCAGGGCAAGGGAGGGAGGGAGGGAGGAAGGAGAGAAGAUAAGAGCGUGGAGUCUGGAAUUUGUGAGCCAAUAGUUUUAAAGCAGGAGGGGAAUAGCAGAAGGACCCUGUGUGUGUACCUGCAAGCCUUUAGAGUUCAUUCACUGACCACUAGAAGCCCUACUCUGGCCCCUGCCACAUGGGAGAAAAAAGA